AAUAAGUUCUUCAUGUUGUGCAAUUGUCUUUUAGAUUUUGCCAAUGUUUUCAUUUUUAUGUUGGAAAUAAAAUUUUAAUUCAAUUCAAGAAAAUGCUGACUACAUAUUGGAAUUCAAUUUUUACAGGUGCUCCUUACUAGAGAAUUACAUAUUUACAUGGAGAAAAUUUCAAUUCUUGGUUUCAUUUUAGCUAUUCUCUAUUUCAUAACAGAACUUGCAUGUAAUGGUCAUACCCAUGUCGACAACAAUGUUCAAUAUGAACAAAAGGCUCUUAUUGACUUCAAAAGUGGUCUCAAAGAUCCCAACAAUCGGCUUUCAUCAUGGAAAGGAAGCAAUUAUUGCUACUGGAAAGGAAUUAGUUGCGAAAAUAGCACAGGAUUUGUCAUUUCAAUUGAUCUUCAUAACCCUUAUCCUCGUGAGAAUGUAUAUGAGAACUGGAGCUCUAUGAACUUGAGUGGAGAAAUUAGUCCUUCAUUGAUAAAACUCAAGUCUUUGAAAUAUCUAGAUUUGAGUUUCAACUCAUUCAAAGCCAUGCCAAUUCCUCAAUUCUUUGGGUCUCUGGAGAAUUUAAUAUAUCUAAACUUAUCGAGUGCUGGGUUUAGUGGAUCAAUUCCUUCAAAUUUAAGGAAUCUUUCUAGCUUGCAAUAUCUCUAUCUUUCUUCUGAGUAUCUUGACGAUAUUGAUUUUGAGUAUCUUUAUGAUAUUCAUUCUGAAUAUUUUAAUAAUUUAUUUGUUGAAAAUAUUGAAUGGAUGACUGACCUUGUUUCCUUGAAGUAUCUUGGUAUGAAUUAUGUUAACCUUUCAUUGGUAGGAAGUCGAUGGGUUGAGGUGGCAAACAAGCUUCCAAGUUUAACUGAGUUGCAUCUAGGUGGUUGUAGCCUCUCUAGCUCAUUUCCAUCUCCAACCUUUGUUAAUCUUACUUCACUUGCUGUUAUAGCUAUCAACUCCAACUACUUCAAUUCCAAGUUUCCUGAAUGGCUUUUAAAUGUCAGCAACCUUGUAUCCAUUGAUAUAAGUGACAAUCAACUGCAUGGGAGAAUUCCACUUGGUCUUGGUGAGCUACCCAAUUUGCAAUACUUAGAUCUAUCUUUAAAUGUCAAUCUUAGGGGUAGUAUCUCUCAACUAUUGAGGAAGAGUUGGAAAAAGAUAGAAGUUCUAAAUUUGGCUCAGAAUGAAUUACAUGGUUCAAUUCCCAGCUCCAUUGGAAACUUUUGCAACUUAAAAUAUUUGGAUUUGAGUGUUAAUCUCUUGAAUGGAAGUUUACCUGAGAUUAUCAAAGGACUUGAAACCUGUAGUUCUAAAAGUCCUUUGCCUAAUUUAGAAGUUCUAAAUUUGGCUGAGAAUGAAUUACAGGACCUUGGAAACAACAAUUUGUCUGGGAUAAUACCAAAGUCGUUGGGCCAAUUACAAUCGCUCGAAUCACUGCACUUGAACCACAAUGAGCUUUCAGGAGAGCUCCCCUCAUCUUUCCAAAAUUUAACAGGCUUGGAAGUUCUUGAUCUUAGUUACAACAAAUUGUUGGGUGAGGUUCCUGCAUGGAUUGGAGCUGCUUUCGUAAAUCUGGUAAUACUCAACUUGAGGUCGAAUAAGUUUUGUGGAAGACUUCCCUCCCAACUUUCAAAUUUAAGCUCCCUGCAUGUCUUAGACCUUGCACAAAACAAUCUGAUAGGUGAAAUUCCAAUCACUUUGGUUGAGCUUAAAGCCAUGGCUCAAGAGCAAUUGAAUAUAUAUCAGAUAAAUGUGAAUGUCAACUCCUCCUUGUAUGAAGAACGAUUGGUUGUGAUUACCAAAGGCCAAAGUCUUGAAUAUACCAAGACUCUUUCUCUUGUUGUAGGCAUUGACCUAUCCGACAAUAAUUUAAGUGGAGAGUUUCCCCAAGAAAUAACAAAAUUGUUUGGUUUGGUGGUUUUGAACUUGUCGAGGAAUCACAUCACUGGCCAAAUUCCUGAAAACAUUUCAAUGUUGCGACAAUUGUCAUCUCUUGAUUUGUCAAGCAAUAAGCUUUCCAGCACCAUUCCUUCAAGCAUGGCCUCAUUAUCAUUCUUGAGUUAUUUGAAUCUAUCAAAUAACAAUUUCUAUGGUAAGAUCCCCUUUAUAGGGCAAAUGACAACCUUCACCGAGCUGGCCUUUGUGGGAAACCCUGAUCUAUGUGGAGCUCCAUUGGCCACAAAAUGCCAGAAUGAAGAUCCAAAUAAAAGGCAAAGUGUUGUUAGUGACAAAAAUGAUGGUGGCUAUAUUGAUCAAUGGUUUUACUUGAGCGUUGGCUUGGGAUUUGCCAUGGGCAUCCUAGUUCCAUUUUUUGUUUUGGCAACAAGGAAAUCUUGGUGUGAGGCCUAUUUUAAUUUUGUGGAUGAGAUUGUCAGAUGGUUGUUGAGAGGAAGAGCAACCUAUGCCAAAAAUCAUCCUAGAAGGCGAUAA